UUUUUUUUUUUUUAUUUGUUUGCGUAAAAGGAAGUUCCUGCAUUUUUUUUUUUUCUUUUAUCCUUUCUCUUGCACCCCAAUCACACACCAUGGCCAAUACGGAAGAAAACAAAGACUACUACUUUGACUCAUAUGCUCACUUUGGCAUUCACGAAGAAAUGUUGAAGGAUGAAGUUCGUACCUUGUCGUACCGUUCGGCUAUUUACAACAACAAGCAUCUUUUCAAAGACAAGGUCGUCCUUGAUGUGGGUUGCGGUACUGGUAUUUUGUCCAUGUUCUGUGCCAAGGCCGGUGCGAAACAUGUCUAUGGCAUUGACAUGUCCAACAUUAUUCAUCAAGCGCGUCAAAUUGUGGCUGACAACAACUUGUCCGACAAGAUCACCCUGAUUCAAGGCAAAAUGGAAGAAGUGCAGUUGCCUGUGGACAAGGUGGAUAUCAUUGUGUCGGAAUGGAUGGGUUAUUUCUUGUUGUACGAGUCCAUGCUCGACACUGUCUUGGUUGCCCGCGACAAGUACCUCGUCCCUGGUGGUUUGAUUUUCCCCGACAAGGCCACCAUGUAUCUUGCCGCCAUUGAGGAUGGUGAAUACAAGGACGAAAAGGUCGAGUACUGGAACAAUGUCUAUGGUUUUGAUUACUCUUCCAUGAAAAAGGUCGUGCUCAAGGAACCUUUGGUCGAUACCGUCGAAGUCAAGGCCGCUGUCAGCACCCCUUGCGUCAUCAAGGAAAUUGACAUCACUACCGUGACAAAGGAAGAUUUGGCCUUCACCACCAACUUCAAGCUAACCGCCGCUCGCAAUGAUUACGUUCACGGUUUUGUGUCAUGGUUCGAUAUCGGAUUCACUUGCUGCCACAAGCCCAUUUACUUCUCGACCGGCCCUCACGCAAAGUACACCCACUGGAAGCAAACCGUCUUCUACACCCCCGACACCAUUAACAUCAACCAGGGUGAAAGCAUCGAAGGUCGCUUGGUCUGUGUCCCCAACAAGGAAAACCCCAGAAAUUUGGACAUUAUCAUCGAUUAUACUUUUGAGGGUGAACAUGGUAGUGCCGAAGAACAUUGCGAAUACAGAAUGUCAUAAACCAAAAAAAAAAAAAAAACAAUCGGCCGGAAGGAAUACGCAAUGCCUUUUUUUUUU